AUGAAAGGCAGACGCGGCCACUCCCCAUACUCUGCCGCCAACUCACGGGCGGCUGCCACCAGCGCAACCCUCGUCGGCUCAGAGCGCCAGUCCGUUGCGAAAUCCAUCCAGCACGACGACCCGUCUGCUGCCGACCCCGCGCGCUCGCUGCACUCACCGCGCCCGUCAUGGUACCGCCGACUGAACCCUCUCAACCGGGGCCCCGUGCCCCCGGUCCCCGCCGAACGCACCGUGUGCCCCGAGCACAAGGCCGGCUUCUUCAGUCGCCUCACCUUUUCUUGGUUGACUCCCAUCAUGGCCGCCGGCUAUCGACGUCCGCUGGAAACUAACGACAUCUGGCUCGUCAACCCCGACCGCGGCCUAGCCUCUCUCUCACUCAAGUUCAACGCCGCCUUCACCAACCGCGUGCGCGGCCGCCACAGCGCACCCCUUGCCGCCGCCCUGCACGACACCUUCAAGCGCGAGUUCUGGAUCGGCGGCGCCUGCGUCGUCGUCGCCUCCAUAUGCCAGGUCAUGGUGCCCUUCAUCCUGCGCUAUCUGCUCGACUACGUCGAAAAGGCCUACUAUGCUGCCGAGGACGACGACGGCGAGAUCGACGGUCCGCCUCUGAGCAGAGGCCUCGGCCUGGUCCUGGCUAUCCUGGCCAUGCAGAUGAUGCAGAGCACCGGCACAAACCAUUUCAUGUACCGCGGCUUCAUGGUUGGCGCCCAGUGCCGCGGUGUGCUUGUUGCCGCAAUCUUUGACAAGACACUGACCAUUUCCUCGCGAGCCCGCGCCGGCACCACCCCCGAUCAAACACGGACCAGCGAAGAGGAGAGACAGCGACUCGCCACCGGCUUCUUUGGCGGUGAGAAGGAUCCGUCUACCGGCGGCAUCAAGCUGCCCUCGCACCCCCACACUCCCGCACCCGUGCCCAAGGGUGGUUACAACAACGGACGCAUCAUGAACCUCAUGUCAACCGACACGGCACGCAUCGACAACGCCGCCAACAUGUUCCACCUCGCGUGGACCGCCCCAAUCGCCAUCCUGCUCGCACUCGCCAUCCUGUUGGUCAACCUGACCUACUCAGCCGUGACCGGCUUCAGCUUAGUCCUUUUCGGCAUCCCGGCCCUGAUCCUGGCCGUCAAGUCUCUCAUGUCGCGCCGCGAGCAAAUCAACGUCAUCACCGAUCAGCGCGUGUCGUGGACACAGGAGGUGCUGCGGUCCAUCCGCUUCGUCAAGUACCACGCAUGGGAGCCAGCAUUCCUCGACCGGCUGCGUACCCUGCGCAAGACGGAGACGGCCAUGGUGGCCAAGCUGUUGACCACCAAAAACGCCAUCAACGCCAUCAGUGUCAGCUUGCCCAUCUUCGCCGCCAUGCUGUCGUUCAUCGUCUACAGCGUCACUGGCCACUCACUAAAAGCAGCCCCCGUCUUCUCCAGUUUAGCGUUGUUCAACGCGCUGCGGGUGCCUUUCACACUGCUCCCCAUUGUUAUCAGCCAGUGCGGCGAUGCACGGGAGUCGAUGAAGCGUAUCCAGGACUUCCUCCUAGCCGAGGACCAUCAAGACGGCAUCAUAUGGGACAACAAUGCCGAGUACGGCGUGGAUGUGCGCGACGCUAACUUUACCUGGGAGAAGGCGUCAGGGCUGGAGGACGAGGAGGAGGGGAAGACGGGGAAGAAGGGCAAGAAGGCCGAGAAGCGGCCCCGUUCGGCCGACUCUGCCAACCAGCCGCCGUUUGGCAUGCAAGGCGUCAACCUUUCAGUGGGCCGCGGCGAGCUGUUGGCAAUUAUCGGAUCCGUCGGCUCCGGCAAGACAUCGCUCUUGUCCGCUCUGGCGGGCGAGAUGCGGAAGACGCGUGGGUCGUUCGUCAUGGGCGGCUCUCGUGCCUUCUGCCCACAGGACGCAUGGAUCCAGAACACAACGCUGCGGGACAACAUCUUGUUCGGCAACGAGAUGCGCCCUGAGUGGUACGAGCGCGUAGUGGGUGCCUGUUCUCUCAAAGCGGACAUCGAGCGCAUGCCGGCCGGAGAGGACACGGAGAUUGGCGAGCGCGGCGUCAACGUCAGCGGCGGCCAGCGCCAGCGCAUGAGUCUUGCCCGGGCCAUCUACUCUGACAGCGACAUUGUCAUAAUGGACGACCCACUCUCCGCCGUGGACGCUCACGUCGGCCGCCACAUGUUCGAGCAGGCCAUCUGCGGCCUACUGAAGGGCCGCUGUCGCAUCCUGGCCACCCACCAGCUGCACGUCCUCGAUCGCUGCGACCGCAUUCUCUGGCUCGAAGAGGGCCGCAUCAAGACCAUAGACACGUAUGACAACCUCAUCAAGCAUGAUUCCGACUUCCGUGCCCUUCUCGUGUCCACCAUGUCCGAAAAUGGCGCCGAGAAGUCCAAGUUGCAGCGACAGCCCACGGUCAAAGCGAAGCAGGAACAGCAGAGCCAGACUGAGGAAGGCGGAGACAAGAAAGAGCAGGGCACGCUGACCUCUGAAGAAGAUCGGGCUGAGGGCAGCGUGCCGUGGAGCGUCUACAAAGCCUACAUCCGCGCCUCGGGCUACCUCUUCUUCGGUCUCAUCCCCAUCAUCCUUCUCGUAAUGGCCCAGGGCGCCAACACCUUGACCAGCCUGUGGCUCUCCUGGUGGACUUCAAAACGCUUCGAUAUCUCACGCCGCCAGUACAUAGGCAUCUAUGUGGCGCUGGGUCUCUUGCAAGCGAUGCUCAUCUUCGCUUUCUCGGCCGCCGUCUCGCUGCUGGGAGCGCGAGCCUCUCGCACCAUGCUCGAUCAGGCGACGACCAAAGUCAUUGCCGCUCCACAGUCCUUCCAUGAUGCGCAGCCGCUGGGCCGCCUGGUGAACCGCUUCUCUAAAGACGUCGACGUUAUGGACAACGAGCUGCCGGAUGCACUACGCAUGUUCCUGUAUACGCUCGCCAUCAUCCUCAGCGUCUUCGCCCUGCUAAUCUUCUACUUCCACUGGUUCGCCGUCGCUCUGGGCCCGCUAGCCUUCCUGUUCCUGCUGGCCACGGCUUACUACCGAGCCUCGGGACGCCACAUCAAGCGCCAUGAGGCCGUCCUACGCGGCGUCCUGUUCUCCCGCUUCUCCGAAAGCGUCAGCGGCAUCUCGAGCAUCCGCGCCUAUGCCGCGCAGCCGCGCUUCGCCCAAGUAGUGCGCGACUCAGUGGACAACAUGAACGCAGCGUACUACCUCACCUUUGCCAAUCAGCGGUGGCUGGCGACGCGCGUCGACAUCGUGGCGUCAGCAGUGGUCCUGACGGUCGGGCUGCUGGUGGUGUUGAUGCGCGACGAGGUCGACCCCAGCACAUCCGGCGUCGUCCUCUCCUACGUCCUCUCCAUCGUGCAAAUGAUGCAGCUCCUCGUCCGCCAACUCGCCGAGGUCGAAAACGCAAUGAACUCGACCGAGCGCCUCCACUCCUUCGGCGACGCCGUCACCCCGGAAGAACGAACCAACAACCCCUGCACCUCGCCCUGCUGCGCCGUCACCGAGCCGCCGCCCAGCUGGCCCCACGCCGGCGCCAUCGCCCUCAACUCCGUCUCCAUGCGCUACCGCCCCGACCUCCCCCUCGUCCUCCGCGACCUCACCCUCUCCAUCACCGGCGGCGAGCGCAUCGCCAUCGUCGGCCGCACCGGCGCCGGCAAGUCCUCCAUCACCUCCGCCCUCUUCCGGCUCGUCUCCCCCCUCGCCGCGGGCACCAUCACCAUCGACGGCCUCGACAUCUCGCGCGUGCCCCUCCGCACCCUCCGCUCCCGCCUCGGCAUCAUCCCGCAGGACCCCACCCUCUUCGCCGGCACCGUCCGCUCCAACCUCGACCCCUUCCUCCAGCACCCCGACCUCGCCCUCUGGCGCGCCCUCGGCCAGGCGGGCCUGCAAUCCACAAACGUGCGCCUCGACGACCCCGUCGAGGAGGAGGGCGCCAACUUCAGCGCCGGCCAGCGCCAGAUGCUCGCGCUGGCUCGCGCCCUCGUCCGCGACGCCCGCAUCGUCGUGUGCGACGAGGCCACCAGCUCCGUCGACCUCGAGACCGACCGCCGCAUCCAGGCCGCCAUGGCCGACGCCUUCCGCGGCAAGACCGUCGUCACCAUCGCCCAUCGCCUGCGCACCGUCCUCGGCUUCGACCGCGUCGUCGUCAUGGAUAGGGGGUCCAUUGCCGAGGUCGGCCCGCCGGUGGAGUUGUGGCGGCGCGGUGGCAUCUUCAGGGGUAUGUGCGACAAGAGUGGGAUUGAGAAGUCGGAUUUCGAGUGGGCGAGGGAGGAGAUGGCGAGGGGGAUGGCGGCGGGCGCCGGGGAUGAGGCUGCAGAGGCGCGGGCGGAUGAUGGGGUGGUGAGGCGGCCGCCGAGGGCGAGGGGGAGGGAUGAGAGGGUCAGGUGGAGUAGGCAGUUGACCAUGGGGGAGGCCGGGGGGCAGACGGCGAACUUGCAUGAGCUGUUGGAUGGCGUGUUUAGGACGGGGUGGCGCAUUUGA